AUGGGGCAGCAGUUCAGCUGGGAGGAGGCAAAGGAGAACUGCGCGAUGGACGUGGCGGAGCUGCAGGAGUGGUACAAGAAGUUCGUGGAGGAGUGCCCCAGUGGCACGCUCUUCCUGCACGAGUUUAAGCGCUUCUUCAAGGUCGCGGGCAACGAGGAGGCCACCCAGUAUGUAGAGGGCAUGUUCCGAGCUUUCGACAAGAACGGGGACGACACCAUCGACUUCCUGGAGUAUGUGGCAGCCCUGAACCUUGUGCUGAGGGGCACCCUGGAGCACAAGCUGAAGUGGACCUUCAAGAUCUAUGACAAGGACCGCAAUGGCUUCAUUGACCGCCUGGAGCUGCUGGACAUCGUGGAGUCCAUCUACAGGCUGAAGAAAGCCUGCAGGGUGGAGAUGGAGACUGAGCAGCAAGGCGAGCUGCUCACACCUGAGGAGGUCGUGGACAGGAUCUUCCUUCUGGUGGAUGAGAACGGAGAUGGCCAGCUGUCCCUGAAUGAGUUCAUUGAAGGUGCCCGUCGUGACAAGUGGGUGUUGAAGAUGCUGCAGAUGGACGUGAAUCCCGGUUGCUGGAUCUCUCAGCAAAGGCGGAAAAGUGCCAUGUUCUGAGGGCUCCGGGGUCCUGGGAGCCCUCCAAGA